GGAUUUUUCAGCCUGACCAAUUAACCAAUAGAUUUGGGGGUUGAAUCUGCAGGACAUUUCUUAGUGCCUGGACGAAACGAUCCGUCACCCCUGUCGAUCACCAUCCCUCUUCCUAGUUCCUAAACACGAGAUGAUCGUCGCCCUGCUACCACAAUGCCGAGGAUGUUAACGCAUCAUGUCUUGCGCACCAACAUUACCGCUGCAGCCACACCUUCAUGAAGCAGUGUUUGGACAGUUCCCCGAACGAAACGGCUUCCCAUCAACCUUCCUAGGGAUACUCUCUCUCCUCGCCAGCAAGAACCACGCCUCCUCAUGCAUCACGCUCGCUGUUCACAGCCCACGCCGUGAACGUCCAGAUGUUCGGACCCCAAUACGAAUCGACUCGCCCGGAUCCAGGGUAGGUCAGGAUCGUGGAGGUGUUGCCUUGAUGAUCUUCCCAAAAGGACUCGAAGAAUCAUUUCCACUUCCGGUUGGCUUCUGUACAAGGAGGGCGGUCGCAUCCCAGCAGAACAACAAGAGGAUGCUGACGCACCAAAGAGGUGACUUCAUUGGAGUAUGCAUCUGGGCGGCAGAGUUUACAAAUUGCAAAAGAAGGGAAAGGUACUUGGUCACGAAGGAAAAGUUCAAUGACCACGAUGGAACAGGGCUGCUCCCAACAGUCUUCAAAUUCUUCCGCGAAGUCACACAAAGCCGUUCAAUUGUGUCACCACCUGCAGGAAAUUAUGUUGCACCAAGGAAUGGGGAAUCCCGUGACAAUCGUCAACUGAGGACAUGUCGAUGAGAAACACUGCUCAUUAUCGCUGGGACCCUUUCAACCUCCUGUCUUCGACAAGCUCUUGAUGACGGACACCGCCCACAAGCGCAAAGUCGACCCAGUCAACUGGCAGGCGAUAGCACGAGUCAUACUUAAACGUCGGCACCUCUAGGCAGUACACAUUCCAUCGGAAAGUGUGUAUGGCAAGCCGGCUUCCUGUGGUGGUCACAAGUUGAUGCACCUAAACGACCUUAUCUAACACAAAUCAUACGCAAAAAUCCUGGCCAAA